UCCAAUUUUGAUUCUCAGUCUGUUCGAAUCACAUUCUAAAGCAAAUCGACGCACAUCAAUAAUAAGUUUUGUUUAUUUAGUAAUUGAUUCAGAAAGAAAGCUAUCUGUACGAGAGAACUAGAGAUAGAGCGAUAGAACGAUGGCCAGCAUCACAUUCAAGGGUCAUCCCACCGUCGUAUUGCGCACCUAUCAGGUGGUCCGCAUCGGCAACAACGAACUGGACAAGACCUUGGACUUUUGCCUGAACGACAAGAGUGUGGCUAAGCUGCACGCGACUCUGACACGAAGCGAGCGGGGCUUGUUCCUGGUCAACGAGAGCUCCUACGGGAUAGUCAGCAUGAAUGGGCAGCGCUUUAGCGGCCCCAUUUUGAUCACCUUCCGUGACGCUAUCAAUGGCAUUGUCUAUUUGCGCUUUGGCCGCGUCGAGGCCUUCCUACGCGUCUCCGGCAGCCUGGGAACCUAAGUACUGGGAUCGUCCCCAAGCUUCAAUUUGAACGAGCACUUGCAGGCUCAUUGUUGUACAAGUUUAAAUUUAUGUUUUACUGCGUCGUAAAUGUAUGUCUCACGAAUUAUAUACACACAUAUCAUCG